AGUUGUGAUGUCACUAGCCCUUGUCGGGUUGCGACGGCACCCCUGCAAAGAUCAGGCUUUUGGGCUGACCGAGGAAAGAGGAGUGUGGGUUCAGGACGCCGGGAACCGGCUCCAGGUGCACGAAAGCCGGGACGCGGGGCCUCGCGUGCUGCCGCCACAGCAACGGUAAAACGGAAGUCACGUUCCCGCGCAGCCCGGCGUCUGGCCGGAAACGGCGUUCUUCCCGGAGUUGAGGCCCCGAAGCUUUGCCCCUAGGCGGUCUCGGGCUGGGCUGCGCUGCGCUGAGCUAAGGGAGCAUCCUCAGCUGGUAUUGAUGUUGAAUAUGCCUUGUUAGCAUAUUAAAAUGGCUGUGCACCAAAACGCCAUCCCUUCCUUGUCGGAAUGCCAGUGCCGCAUCUGUGUGGAAAUCCUCAUCGAACCGAUAACACUGCCUUGUAACCACACGCUCUGUAAUCCCUGCUUCCAAUCUACUGUCGAGAAGGCAAGUUUAUGCUGUCCUUUCUGUCGCCGCCGGGUCUCUUCGUGGACCCGGUAUCACACCCGAAGAAAUUCUCUUGUCAACAUGGAACUGUGGGAGAUGAUCCAAAAACACUAUCCAGAGGAAUGCAAGCUUAGAGUCUCCGGGCAGGAAUCAGAGGAGAUCGUUGAUGACUAUCAGCCAGUUCGCUUAUUAAGUAAACCUGGGGAAUUGAGAAGAGAAUAUGAAGAGGAGAUCAGCAAGGUGGAGGCAGAGCGACGAGCCAGUGAGGAAGAAGAAAACAAAGCCAGCGAAGCAUACAUACAGAGAUUACUGGCAGAGGAAGAAGAGGAAGAAAAACAACAGGCAGAAAAAAGGCGAAGAGAGAUGGAAGAACAACUAAAAAGUGAUGAAGAACUAGCAAGAAAGCUAAGCAUUAAUAUUAACAAUUUCUGUGACGGAAGCGUUUUGGCUUCUCCCUUGAAUUCUAGAAAAUCUGAUACAGUCACAACCAAGUCCCAAAAGAAAAGUAAGAACAAACAAACAAACACUGGAGAUAUUCAGAAGUAUUUGUCACCUAAAUCUCAAUUUGGGUCAGCAUCACAAUCUGAAGUUGUACAAGAAAGCAGGAAAAGCUCCAUGUCCAAGGAAACUGAUGGUACUGUUGUAAAUAGUCCUACAGGGCAAGAUACAGAAAUUGAAGAAGAUAUGCCAACACUUUCUCCGCAAAUACGCAUGGACACUCCGGAACAAGGUGCAAAGUCUUCAGUCGAGUCACCUAUGCCUCAGUUAUAUGCCAGUGGUAGAGAGUGGUGUCUUGAAGCAAAAGUCAAAAUGAGACCAAGCAAUCAUGAUAAAGAGUUAUGUGUCCUAAAUCAUGAGGGACGUGAAGCCAGAGUUCCCUGCUCUGGAGAAACAGAGAACACAUGCAGUAUAUCAGGUAUGACACAGAUAAUUGAAAGUAACACAGUUGAGACAGAAAAUGAAGAGUCUUGCCUACAGAUCAGUGAAGAUACUUCCAAAAGAAAAAACCAGGAAUCUUCGUUUGAAGCAGUCAGGGAUCCAUGCAUUUCUGCAAAAAGGAGGAAAAUGUUCCCCAAAGCUUCCUCAGACCAAGAGGAAACAGAAAUCAACUUUACCCAAAAACUGAUAGAUUUGGAACGCUUACUUUUUGAGAGACAUAAACAGGAAGAACAGGACAGGUUGUUAGCAGUACAGCUUCAGAAAGAAGUUGAUAAAGAACAAAUGAAGCCAAACCGGCAGAAAGGAUCCCCAGAUGAGUAUCAGUUACGUCCUACGUCUUCACCACCAGACAAGUUGCUAAGUGGACAGAGGAAGAAUUCCAAAGAUAGGAACUUCAAAAGACAGACUGAUACAGAGCAUUCAAAAUCUCGGAGAGGCUCAAAAAAUGAAAACUGGCAACCAUCUUUUAAGAUCCAGUUGAAACAUUCAGUCAGUGUUAAUGGGAGAAAGAUGCCAAAUUCUUCGAGAGAUAAUUGUAAUGUAUCUAAAAAUGCUUGUUCCCUACAGCCUAGUAAGUCACAGAAAAGUAUUUUUCAGAUGUUUCAGAGGUAUACAAAGUAAUACGUGGGCAAAGGGAGUGUUUCAUAAUCUAGUAAAGCUGGAUUGUGAAGCUCACUUUUCUAUCAUAGAAUCUUUAAAAUUUUUUUCAUUAAUUCUGCUCUGUGGUCACACUCAUUGUCCUUAAUUAAAGGACUGGUGAUUACAAGGGAGAAAUAUAUAAAUGUGUUUCUGCCAAACUCAGUGGUAAGCAGGAGUCCCAGUCCUUUCCUUUUUUAAUAACUGUGAUGUACUGUUUGACAGUCCUUAUGGAUAUAAAAAUGCCUUGGCGAACUCCCAAGAAAUCUUCAAGUGCCAUUCUCUUUCCAAAAAAUGCAUGUUUUAUGGCCUUUGCUUCCUUCCCUUUUUGUCCUAACUAGUAAUCAAAGCAAGAUUAUACUAUACCAAGUAGUUAGGAGCCCAGGCAGGGUGAGUUUUCUUACUACUUUCCCAUUUAUUUGCAGAGUACAUGACAUGCAUCUUCCAUAACACUAAUGUAAUCUAGUUUUCAUCUCCAUUUUAGUUAUUUUAAGCAUUGUAGCAUUUUCUUCAAUUUAAAUGGUUUAUGAUCAGUGUGAAAUCAGAAAAAUCAGAGUGUCCUGGAAAGUUAGGAAUUAGUUGACAAAGGAAACUAGACUCUUGUUGCAAAAGGAGUUAAGAGUUGGGUUGAGGCUCAGUGGGAUGGAUUGACAAUUUGGAAACCCUGGAACUGAGGGAAUAGUUAGAAACGGAGUUCAGGAUGGAGUAGCAGAUGAGGUUUGGCAGAGGAUUCCCCGUCCUCCUUUCUUUGCUAGGUGACAUGGAAAACAUUUGGCUUUAGGCUUUUCACACCAUAGUAUCUGGUGUCAAAAUCAAAAUCAGUUACUAAAUUGCCUGAAAUUUGGGGAGUUCACAUUUCUAUUAUUCUGCUAUUCCAGGAAAAAAAUGGAAAUUUAGGAGAGUUAAAUAUCAGUAUCUCAUAUUAUGGGACCUGAGACAUAACCAUGUGUUUAUUUCCUUAUUUUAUCAGUUGUAUUGAUACUUUUAUUUGUGUGUAUGGAUAGAAAAAGUCAUGCUUGAGUUUUGCCAUCUUACCCCUGAAAGUUAAAUCAGAAGGCAGUGAUUUCAUUUUGUGAAAUUUAAUUUAGAGACGUAAUUGCUUGUUUAUUAAUAUGAACAACUUUAAGCAAAUAACAGUUUAAACAGCAAUUCUGCUCAUCUCUAGUUAUCCAUCCUUUUAAAAUAAAAGUAUAAUAAAAUGUCCUAGAGCUAAUUCUAGGUUAAAUUUGUCAGUAUUUUUAUCUUUAUUAUUUUUCCCUCCAAAUUUUGUAACUUAAAUUCUGUUAAUCUUUGCAUACUUGGUGGCAUCUAUUUCAGUAUUGAUUGGGUAAUUACGGGGAAGAGUUCUGAUGCUAGUUUAAAAUUUAGUUUGCCCUUUCUCAGAAAAAGAAUGAUUGCCCUCUGAGUAAUGAUUGUGCUGAAAUGAAGUCUAGUGAGAAGCUAACCAGAUUUCUCUAAAAUAGACUAAAAUCUGUUUUCAUCAAACCAGUAUUUUUCUAAGAGCAAUUUCACUUUACAUUUUAGGGUAGAUAACUCUUGGAACUCCUUAAAAAUUAUAUAAUUAAAUUUUCCUAGAAUAGUCCAUGACCGAGAAGGGAAAUAGUGUGACAUCUUCAGGAUUUAUACAUUUAACCACUUAUUUGUCUGUGAAGUAGUCUUCCUGACCUUAAGGUAAAUUUUAAUUUAUUAGUUUUUUGGACAGUCUGACCUUAUAUGCCUUUUUGUUAGAAAUUAAUAAAUAUUUUGAAUCAGU